AUGGCAAAUGGCCAGGUUGAGCACCAGGCACUGGUAUGUAGUUGUUUGUUUGGACAGAGCUUGGUUCCGGCCCUAGAGAAGCUAGCUAGCGAGAGAGAGAGAAAGAAGGGAAUUCUAAGGAGGAUGAUGCAACAUGGCGCCUCUUAUAUAUAUCGAUAUAUAGUCAAGACGCUGAGAAAGCUACUUGACGCGAAGGACAAGGACGCUCCUCCAAGGAAGGAGGCUUUUCCCUCUCGUGCUAGGCGCCUGAGGAAACCUAUGCAGAAGCCUCGAAGAUAUCUCGUUCUUUUCCAAGCAUCUCUCGUCGAGCUGACAUGCUCUGUCCCCAUAAUUAGAUAUCUAAACAAACAUCUCGUCUUAUUUCCGUGGGCUUCACGGGUAAUGAAGAAAGCUGUCUCUCGUGGUAAGGCUCUACGCAAUCACGAGGAGGGUGUCCCAGACACCUCCGUUCAAUACGAGCAGACUGCUUUCAGCAAAGCUCAAGGAGGGUAUCUUCCGCCGAGGAGGGUAAAAAAAAAAAGGAAGAAGAGAGAAAAGAAGCAAAAGUGGAUGGACAGCUUGUUGGUUAGUCUCGCAAGGGAGGCUUGUGGUGUUGUCUGUGGUUGGGCCGGCGGACGGACAAGACGAGAGAAACGGAGCCUUUUCUGCAGCGCGCAGAGGCUGGCCAUCGAUAUCAGCCCUACUGCCACGGAUGUUAAAUAA